UUUGUCUUUCACAUAUUUUUCUCCAGAAGUUUUGCGAAGUGAUCGAGACACACUGCGACGACAACUUACGAAAAAGUGACAUUCCGAGGACGGACUUUACCACGUCUUGAACUCAAAUAUCGGACGUUUAAUAAUACGGGGGACGGAUUUGUAAACCGAGACCCUCAUCCUGGACGGGCUAAAAACUUUAAACCGAGCGAAAUGAACCGGAGCUUUAAUAAUAAAUCGCAAUCUUUGCGUAAUUUGAACAUGAAUGCCGUGGAAGUGAAAAGCAAGUAUGGGGCAGAGUUCCGGAGGUUUUCCGUGGAUCGGCUAAAACCAGGCAAGUUUGAGGAAUUCUACAGUCUUAUUAUGACCAUCCACCGGAUCGCAAACAUGGAGGUGAUGAUCGGAUACGCUGAUGUCCACGGAGACCUUCUUCCUAUCAACAAUGACGAGAACUUUGGCAAGGCCGUCUCCACCGCACACCCCCUGCUGCGAAUCUUCAUACAGAGACAAGAAGAGGUUGACUACAGCAGCUUUGGCACCAGCACUCUGACACGGAAAAAGAAGGCCGUGGUCACUCUUCGCAACGACCUGAACCGCAAGCGGCCCCACAUCCGCAUUGGCAUGCCUCAGGACUUCCGCCCUGUGUCGUCCAUCAUUGACGUGGACAUCCUUCCUGAGUCCCAUCGGAGAGUCCGACUCUAUCGACAUGGCUCAGACAAGCCUCUGGGCUUCUACAUCCGUGACGGCACAAGUGUCCGUGUCACACCCCACGGCUUGGAAAAAGUCCCGGGUAUCUUCAUAUCCCGACUUGUACCCGGAGGCCUGGCGGAGAGCACAGGCCUGCUGGCUGUCAAUGAUGAGGUCCUGGAGGUCAACGGCAUCGAGGUUACCGGGAAAACACUGGACCAGGUCACGGACAUGAUGAUCGCAAACAGCCAUAACCUGAUUGCGACAGUGAAGCCGGUGAACCAGCGCAACAAUGUGGUGAGGAGCAGCCGCAGCUCGGGUCAAUCAUCCGACAGCAGCGGUUCGGUGGGCUACCCUGCCAUGACCUUACCAACUGGUGCCACCGCCAUCAGCCAUGGUUACAGCCCAGAAGAUCUCGAGAGCGACGAGGAGUCCGACAUCGUUAUCGAGAGCAAUAUCAAGCGGCCAUCCAGGCGCUCUAACGCCUCAGUAGCGUCGACAACAUCCCGGACACACACGCAAAAUGCCACGGUGACUCCGCCCAGUCCCCCUACACGGCCCCAAACGAGACCCCCGUCCACUGUGUCCACAGCCUCUUUCCACUCCCAGCCGAGCUUUAAUGGCACAGUGCACAGUAGUUUGAGUUAUAAGCUGAACAAGGACCUUAACCUCCAGCACCAACCCUACCACAUCAGCAACCCCACCAUGCGAGAAAGCAACGGCAGCCUGCACAAAAUCCUCAGCAGCCUGAGAACAGACCCCCGUCACAGCUUGGCGUUACCCAAGGGAGGGGUGGAGGAGGACGGCACGGUCAUCACUUUAUAGGACACACAUUCACAUAUAUAUACAGGCUAUGAAAUCUGCCAUCCCAGAGACUUUGCUUUUCAGCCUGGGACAUCAGACUCGACUUUGAACCUCACCGAAUGGGUUUUGUAAAAUGAAUAAUUUAACAGAAACGUUAUCUGGAAAUUUUACUCUUUUUAAGUGUUUGCUAUCCAUGUGUUAUUGUGUCUUUUCUGUCAAAAUGCAUUAGAAUUAGUGGUGUGCAUCUCUUUUUUUUUUCAAACCACUAAUUUUAAUGAGUCUCUUGAGGUUAAUUUUAAUCAUGUUAUCUAAAUGGGACCUGAAAAUGUGUUUAGUUCUGUGUGUGUGACGCUUCAUUGUGUUUACAGUUCACACCCGGGUGAAAGGACAAACUCAUUACAUUUUACAAAUUGAUACUUAAUCAUGCACACAAACUUUUUGUUUGUCCUGCCCGAGAUAUGUCAAUAGCCAAAAAGUACAAAGUUGUCAUUAUUACGAAUUUCCAAAUAUUGAUUUGUCUGUUGAAUGUUUUCAGUACUUUAAUACAUUAAACCACUGAUAAACUGA